AUGUCGCGCCCGCUACUUCCCGAGUCGGCAUACGAAGCGCUCGGUCUGUCUCCUGAAGCGCUCAAAGACCUGAUGAAUCCCAAGCCUGCGCCGGAACCCACCAAGGUUCACGCCCCGAAUCUGCUACAGAGCGACGAGGAUAAUGCGCGCCCCAUGUUGCCCAACGAAACGUCGAUAACACUGUACGCCGAGCUCUUGCUGCAUAUCCGUACGGUAACGCUGUUCGCGUCGCUGCGCACAAAUCACUCGCGGCAGACAGACGCGAAGCUGUCCGCAGAUGGCUCCUACAUCACCGUGUCGCAUGAGGGAGAGUCAGCGACAAUACGUCUGCCGAUUAAUGUCAAGGGUGCUGGCGAUGCCGCACUCGAAUUACCACCGCGUCCUCCAAGCAAAGAGCUGACGCUACGCCUACAAAUGGAAGAGAAGGAAGGAAGUGAUCUUUUGGGUGCUCUGCAACGCCAAGACCGACAGGCUAACAUUGUGCCUUGGGACGGUGCCUCGCUGAACGGCGCAGAGGAUACAGAGAUACUAUGCAAGACCUGCGAGGGCGUUGUUGUGCCAAAGGGAAAGAUUCAGCAGUGGAAAGAUUUGCCUAAUGAGAAUUGGGCUGAGAUGAUGGAUUUCUGGCACUGUCACAAACCAGAUGAGCAUCAUUUACACAAUCACACGCAUGAACAUGCGAUUGGACAGAAGGGCUACGCGGCUGCCAACCGUCUGCAGGCCAAGGAAGGGGUAGGCUUUGUGGAUCUGGCAAGCUUCCUCCUUGCGGAAUCUGAUUGCGAGGGCGCGCAGCUAUCAGCCGAAGAGAACAAGGAAGAAGAAAGACCGCACCCAAUCCUCUGUAAACACUGUACCCAACCCCUCGGCACCCGUGAUCCCCUCACAAACGGCUGGCGCAUCCACAAAUGGCGCUUAACCCUGACUUCCAAACUUUCCAAUAUCCCAUCUUACUUCUACUCCCCCCGAAAAUGGAUCUCAGCCCGUCUGCUCUACCUCAUCGAAAACACCGCAGUCCGCAAAUUCCACAUCCACACUCCUGCCCCUCCCUCAACCAACAUAGUAGAACCCACACCCUCCAUCCUUAUAUGGGUCUUCACCCCAGACCUCCUCUUCUCCUCCUCCAUCCCCUCCCCCAACCGCUUCGAUCCCACUCGCUGCAUGAAAAUCUUCUACAAAAGACAAACCUGGGAGCCGCUGCGACCCGGUGACGCCGAGAGCGCGAGUAUAGAGGACGUCGAGUUUUCCAAAGAUUUGUACGACGAGUUGGAUCAAGCGUUACGGCAGAGUCAGCGGUUGUUGCCGCCGACGGCAAAGAAGUUUCAGGGAUGGGAUGUUGGGCUUUUGGAGCGGUUUGAGGUUGUGGAGGGGGGCAUGGGGUGGGUUGGGGAAGAGGAUGGAGAAGGCCAGGAAGAGGAGAAUGAGUGGGGGAUUCCUUCUGAGCCUGUUGAUUGA